AUGGAGGCCCAGUCCCACAGCUCCACGACCACUGAGAAGAAGAAAGUGGAGAAUUCCAUAGUGAAAUGCUCCACGCGAACAGAUGUCAGCGAGAAAGCCGUGGCCUCCAGCACCACUUCCAAUGAAGAUGAAAGUCCUGGACAGACCUAUCACAGAGAGAGAAGAAACGCAGUCACCAUGCAGCCACAGAGUGUCCAGGGGCUCGGCAAGAUCAGCGAGGAGCCUUCAACAUCUAGUGACGAGAGGGCCUCGCUGAUCAAGAAGGAGAUUCAUGGGUCCCUGCCGCACCUGGCUGAGCCCUCCGUGCCGUACCGCGGGACCGUGUUUGCUAUGGACCCCAGGAAUGGUUACAUGGAGCCCCACUACCACCCUUCUCAUCUCUUUCCUGCAUUCCACCCUCCUGUACCAAUUGAUGCAAGACAUCAUGAGGGGCGUUACCAUUACGACCCGUCUCCGAUUCCUCCAUUGCAUGUGCCUUCUGCCUUAUCUAGUAGCCCAACGUAUUCAGACCUGCCCUUCAUCAGGAUCUCCCCGCACCGGAACCCCGCUGCAGCCUCUGAGCCCCCCUUCAGCCCUCCGCACCCCUACAUCAACCCCUAUAUGGACUACAUCCGGUCUCUUCAUAGUCCGUCCCUCUCCAUGAUCUCGGCAGCCCGGGGGCUCAGCCCUACAGAUGCCCCCCAUGCCGGGGUCAGCCCGGCGGAAUACUAUCACCAGAUGGCUCUGCUAGCUGGCCAGCGCAGCCCCUAUGCAGACAUCCUUCCCUCCGCAGCCACCGCUGGUGCCGGGGCCAUCCACAUGGAAUAUCUUCACGCCAUGGACAGCACCAGAUUCCCCAGCCCCAGGCUGUCAGCCAGGCCGAGCCGAAAACGUACACUGUCCAUAUCACCGCUGUCCGAUCACAGCUUUGACCUUCAGACUAUGAUAAGGACAUCUCCCAACUCCUUGGUCACGAUUCUCAAUAAUUCCCGCAGCAGCUCCUCAGCAAGUGGCUCCUAUGGUCACUUGUCUGCAAGUGCAAUCAGCCCGGCCUUGAGCUUCACCUACCCUUCUGCACCCGUGUCUCUCCAUAUGCAUCAGCAAAUCUUAAGCCGACAACAGAGCUUAGGCUCAGCCUUUGGACACAGCCCUCCACUCAUCCACCCUGCCCCAACUUUUCCAACACAGAGGCCUAUUCCUGGGAUCCCUACGGUUCUGAACCCCGUCCAGGUCAGCUCUGGCCCUUCUGAGUCUGCACAGAACAAGCCCACAAGCGAGUCCGCCGUGAGUAGCACCGGUGACCUGAUGCACAACAAACGGUCCAAGAUCAAGCCCGACGAAGACCUGCCCAGCCCAGGGCCGCGGGGACAGCAGGAGCAGCCGGAAGGAACGACCCUGGUGAAGGAGGAAGGAGAUAAAGACGAAAGCAAACAGGAGCCUGAAGUCGUCUAUGAGACCAACUGCCAUUGGGAGGGCUGCACGAGGGAGUUCGACACCCAGGAGCAGCUGGUGCACCAUAUAAAUAACGACCAUAUUCACGGCGAGAAGAAGGAAUUCGUGUGCCGGUGGUUGGAUUGCUCGAGAGAGCAGAAGCCCUUCAAAGCCCAGUACAUGCUGGUGGUGCACAUGAGGAGACACACGGGGGAGAAGCCUCACAAAUGCACUUUUGAAGGUUGCACAAAGGCCUACUCGAGACUAGAAAACUUGAAAACACACUUGAGAUCCCACACUGGAGAGAAGCCGUACGUCUGUGAGCACGAAGGUUGCAACAAGGCUUUCUCGAACGCCUCCGAUCGCGCCAAGCACCAAAACAGGACGCAUUCCAAUGAGAAACCAUAUGUGUGCAAAAUCCCGGGCUGCACUAAGCGCUACACAGACCCCAGUUCCCUCCGGAAGCAUGUGAAGACAGUGCAUGGCCCAGAGGCGCACGUCACCAAGAAGCAACGUGGAGACAUACAUCCUCGGCCCCCCCCACCGCGAGAUUCCAGCAGCCACUCGCAGUCCAGGUCACCCGGCCGGCAGACUCAGGGAGCCCUCGGUGAGCAGAAGGACCUCAGCAGCACUACCUCAAAGCGGGAAGAAUGCCUUCAAGUGAAAGCAGUCAAGGCAGAGAAGCCCAUGACAUCUCAGCCAAGCCCUGGUGGUCAGUCUUCAUGCAGCAGCCAACAGUCCCCCAUCAGCAACUAUUCCAACAGUGGGCUCGAGCUUCCUCUGACCGACGGAGGGGGUGUGGGAGACCUCGGGGCCAUCGACGAAACCCCAAUCAUGGACUCGACCAUUUCCACGGCCACCACGGCCCUCGCUUUGCAAGCCAGGAGGAACCCAGCAGGGACCAAAUGGAUGCAACACGUAAAACUAGAAAGGCUCAAACAAGUGAAUGGAAUACUUCCACGACUGAACCCCAUUCUACCCCCCAAAGCCCCUGCGGUCUCUCCUCUCAUAGGAAACGGCACCCAGCCCAGCGCCAGCUGCAGCUUGGGCGGGCCCGUGACCCUGCUCCCGAACAGAAGCGAGCUGCCCGGCGUGGACGUCACCGUGCUGAACAUGCUCAACCGCCGCGACAGCAGCGCCAGCACCGUCAGCUCGGCCUACCUGAGCAGCCGCCGCUCCUCGGGCAUCUCCCCGUGCUUCUCCAGCCGCAGGUCCAGCGAGGCGUCGCAGGCCGAGGGCCGGCCCCAGAACGCCAGCGCGGCCGACUCGUACGACCCCAUCUCCACCGACGCGUCCCGCCGGUCCAGCGAGGCCAGCCAGGGCGACGGCCCGCCCGGCCUGCUCGGCCUCACGCCCGCGCAGCAGUACCGGCUGAAGGCCAAGUACGCGGCGGCCACGGGCGGGCCGCCGCCCACGCCGCUGCCGCACAUGGAGAGGCUGAGCCUGAAGACCAGGAUGGCGCUGCUGGGCGACGCCAGGGAGCCCGCGGCGGCCCUGCCCCCCGUGCCCCCUCCGCGGAGGCGCAGCGACGGGGGCGCGCACGGCGCGGGCCGCCGCCCCCUGCUGCCCGCGGACGCGCCGGGCGGCGGCGCCAGGAGGGCCAGCGACCCGGCCAGGACCGUCUCCGGGAGCCUCCCGCCGCCCCGCGGGCCGCGCCUCGGCGGCCUGCAGGGCUUCGACCCUCCGGGCCCGGCCCCCGCCCUGGAGAAGCGGGGCCUGGCGCCCCAGAACUACCCGCGGCCCGAGGGCGGCCCGGCGCGCCCCUUCCUGCCGUCCCCCUGCCCUCCGAGCAUCACUGAGAACGUCACGCUGGAGUCCUUGACCGCGGACGUGAACUUGAACUUGAACGAUGAGGAUUUCCUGCCCGACGACGUGGUGCAGUAUUUAAAUUCCCAGAACCACGCAGGAUUCGAGCAGCACUUCCAAAGCGCCGUCUGCGACGACGGCAAAGGGCCCCCCGGGCCCGGGGACUUGGCGCCCCCGGGGCUGCCCGACGGCCUCGCGGGCCAGCCGUGCCGCCGGCUGGAGCAGCCCUGCCCUGAAGCCGGCAAACCCGACCUGCCCAUCCAGUGGAACGAAGUCAGCUCCGGCAGCGCCGACCUGUGCUCCUCCUCCAAGCUCAAGUGUGGCCCGCGGGCCGUGGCGCCGCAGCCGCGGGCCUUCGGGCUCUACGGCAACCUGGGCGCGCACCCACAGGACCCCUUGAGGAGCGGGGCCGGCGCAGCCGGGGGGCCGCAGGCCCUGGCAGAGCCCGGCGGCCCGUACGGCGGCCCCGAGCACGGGGGAAACGCCUUCCACGCGCAGCCCUGUAAGGCCCCGCAGUUCGGGCACUGCCUCAACAGGCAGCCGGGGGGCCCUGGCUUGCUGGGCGGCGUCUGUGGGGCUGCGGUUCCAGCGGUGAAGCUGCAGGGCAGCGGGAGCCAGCCGGAUUUUGGCCUGUCGUCGCUGGCGCCUGGCGAGUCUGCGAGCGCCACGGCGAAUGGCAUGGCGGCCCACGACCUGGUGGGGCAGGGGUACCUGGCCCCUCGGCUCCUCAGCGACAGCUUGCACCACCAAGGGGCCGGCCGCGGCGGCCAGCAGAUGCUAGGGCAGGUUAGUGCUACCUCACACCUCCACGUCUAUCAAGGGCCGGAGAGCGGCCUGCAGGGGCCUCCGUGCAUGGCCAGCCAGCCGUCAGGCAUGGCCGCCGCCAGGGGCUACCUGCCGUGUGCCGGCUUUGGGGGCAGCCGGCGCCAGGCCGCGCCGAGGGCCAGCCUCUCUCUGCAGCAGGGACCGCUUGGCGACACAAGUCAGACCUGCAAGGUGAACGGCAUCAAGACAGAGAUGCAAGGGCAGCCCCAUCAGCUGUGCUCUAACCUGCAGAGUUACUCUGGUCAGUUCUAUGACCAACCCGUUGGCUUCGGUCAGCACGACCCGAAGACUGGUUCUUUCUCCAUCUCGGAAGCCAGCUGCCUGCUGCAGGGGGCCAGCGCCGAAAACUCUGAGUUGCUUUCCCCGGGUGCUAACCAGGUGACCAGCACGGUCGACGGCCUUGACGGCCAUGAGCUGGAAGGGGUGCAGAUUGAUUUUGACGCCAUCAUCGACGACGGGGACCACGCCAGCCUGAUGUCAGGAGCCCUGAGCCCCAGCAUCAUUCAGAACCUCUCCCUCUCCUCCUCCCGCCUCACGACGCCGCGCGCGUCCCUCCCGCUGCCCGCGCUGUCUGUGAGCACCACCAACAUGGCCAUCGGAGACAUGAGCUCCUUGCUGACCUCCCUCGCGGAAGAGAGCAAAUUCCUCGCCGUCAUGCAGUAGGGCGUGUGGGGAGAUGGCUGCCAACCAACGUGAAGCUUGAGGAGCUUAAAAGAUUAA